AUGGGAAUAACACAUAUCCUAGAUCUUCCCACUGAGCUUUUCACCAAGAUCCUCGUCUUCUCCAUCCUUGCGCGCAGUCUCAGUCGUCAACAUCCGGACCGGGGCGUGGCCAGGGCGCUGAGACUGAAGCUCGUCUCUAAAGCUUUCUACCAUGCAUUUCAGCCGGCUUUGUUCGAGUCUCGGGUUUUGGAUGAUUUUGGAAGCGGCGAAAGAUUGGCGCCCUGGCCUAUCAGACGGCAUUACGGCGCGGAUCAGCUAUGGCAGUCUUAUCUGGUCUUCAGGGUGAACAACGCAGUGGAUCGCAACGUGGGCGGGUUCGUUAUGAUCCGGGAAACGGCCAGGGAACUAUGUAAACUGACUGGUGCACAAUAUGAUGAGACCGUCGCUGGCCUUUGCGGGCUCGUUCUAGAUUCAAAGGACAUAUGCCCGAGGCUAUUCGAGGACUGGGGCGACAUGUUUCGCAGAAGAGUACCCGCCACUCAUCCUCGUUUGAAUCUCUUAAGCGCAGCAGCAUAUUUUGGUCACCUUGAUCUCGCUAAACAACUGUUAGAAGAUGGCUGCUGUCCCACUCACGACCAACUGUUCCCAUGCGCAAUGCACCUGGCGGCAUUUGCUGGCCACACAGAGAUAGUCCUUCUAUGUCAGGAGUAUCUACCCCCUCUUGAUGAAGAGUACACUGGGAAUGCAUUUACAGACUGGAAGGUGAACACAGGCCUCAUAGCCGUCGACGGGGCUGCUCUACGUGGCGAUGUAGAUAUGCUGCGCAUACUUAUUUCUCCGCCUCCUCGUCCCGGACUUCGAGAGGACCGCUUCACCGGCCUGGAUCUCUUCGACGACGUAAACUACAACAGAAACGGGCGCCAAGUACUUGCCAAUGCACUCUUGAUGACACGGAGCUGGGAUGUACUGCAAUACCUCAAAUCAAUCCUGUACUCCCUGUUUCCCCUAGAUGCCGCACGACUGCUUACGGAAAAUGCGCACAGGGGAAACAAGGAAAUAGUGCAACACAUUCUGGAUAGCGAAUGGUUGCUUACGGAAGAUAUAAACCGCCUCACAAUCGACCCGUUGACAUUCGCAACCUGGGGUUAUCACGAAGACAUAGUCGAGCUACUCCUCGAACGCGGCAUGGACCCGAAUGAAUUCAACCACAUCAACCGGGCUACUCCUCUCACCGCCGCCGCUGGUGUGGGAAGUAUGAGGAUGCUUCGCAAGCUGAUGGAACGCGGGGCAAACUGCGACGGAGACAAAAGGCAGCAAAUGGAGAUGUUGAGGUGCGCGCUGUUGCUAGAGCACACAGAGAUGGUGAACUUCUUUUACGAUCAGGGCCUGCUUGGUAGGAAGUGUCCCGAGUUAAUACGUAAGCGGAUCGAAGCAGUAGGCUUGGAGUCUAUGAUGGAGCUCCUCAAGAAAUGGGGAUGA